AUGAAAUGGAUGAUCGACGCAUCUUUUGCGGUGCAUCCAGAUUUCAAGAGGCAUAGCGGCGGCACUCUGUCCUUUGGAGGAGGUGCAGCUCAAGUGAUGUCAAAGAAACAAAAACUAAACAGCAGAAGCAGUACAGAAGCGGACCUGAUUGCUGUUGACGAUGUUGUCACAAUGAUACUAUGGACAAAGUUGUUCAUGGAGUGGCAAGGGUAUCCGAUCGAGAAGAAUAUCUUGUAUCACCAUAACAAAAGCGCGAUUCUACUGGAAGAGAAUGGUCGCAAGAGCGCGGGCAAAAGAAGCCGAGCUAUCAAUAUUCGUUAUUUCUUUAUCACAGAUCAAGUUGAGAAAGGAAAUGUUAAGAUCGAAUACUGUCCAACUGACAAUAUGAUUGCGGAUUUCAUGACUAAGCCAUUGCAAGGUGAGAAGUUUUGCAAGUUCAGGGAUCUGAUUCUUGGUCCACAGGACUAG